AGGGGGGCGCAGGCUUGCAUCCCGUGCAGACUCCGGAGAAGUGGAUGGGCGACCCCAAGGCUGGGCUUGCAACUCCGGGACUGAAGGUGACUCCUCCACGUGUCGUCUCGCGUGCCCCUGGGGGGCACACCUGUCCGCAGCUGUUUCUCUCUCCCAGGUGGCUUUGACUCUAUGCCAAAGACUCAGCAGAGCUUCCACCUGGAAAAGUUGUUGAGACUCCAGCCUGUGGACUGAACUGCAGGAGAAUGCGGAAUUACACUUAUCUUGCAGUGUAAUCUUGCAACAUAUUGCAGCACUGCUUAUUCAGAAACUGGAGCAGCUUCCUGAGAAGAUGAGAACUGGUAGACUGAGUCAGUUCCCCAGCUACAAGGCCUUUGCCAGUGCCUCUGGGCCUUUAGGGAAGCCAGGAGAUGAGUUUGGAAUCUACUGAGUGGGAGUUUGUGACUAGUAGAUAAAAUGCCCAACAGUUUGGAUUCAUACCCAGAAAUAGUACAGAAGUAGGAGUAAGGAUCCCAGGAUAUCAAUUUGGCUGAACUACCAGGCAGCUAUUAACUCUGGGAAAGGAAAGAGGGAGUGUGAGAGAAAAAAGAGAUAUGACCACUGGCAUUUCAUCUGGACUCAACACUAUGACCCCUGCCUAUCAUUAUACCUCGUCUGACCCCAGAACUGGUCAUACUUAAGGGGAGAACAGGAUCAUAGUCCCACACCACCAGAAGUUAUGAAGUCAAGUUUCCCAUAUUUGGGGAUAUCGCAGGGGGUCAGCACAUCCGGAAUGCAAUGACUAAGACUCAAGCUGGGAAAACCACCUUCAUGAUCAUGGUGUCUUCCCUCCCAGUUGAGGAUAACAGAAAAUGGAGGAAGCAAGUGGACAGUCCAUUGAUCUGUGCCCAGUGACUGGCAUCGAAAAUCCAGAGUCAGAGCUCAUGGAAGUAGUAAAUCCUGAAGGAACCAGGAAGACUGAAGGUCAAGGACACAGUAUUGGGAAUGGGCUGGGACAUCCCACUCACCAAAGGGGCCUACAACUAUUCACCAGGGCGAGAAGUUUCUAUAGAAGACAUGCUCGCAUUUUCAGGAUUAUCCUGCUGACCCUACUAUGUUUGGCUUAUGCCGCCUACUUCCUGACAGCUUGCAUCUUGAAUUUCCAAAGGGCGCUGGCUUUGUUCGUCCUCACCUGUUUGGUGCUCUUGGUCUUGGCUCACCGCUUUCUGAAAAGGUUCUUGGGUAAAAAAUUAACAGGAUGUCUGAAGCCCUUGAAAAACCCCUGUGUGAUGCUUUGGAUGAAAAGGGUGUUCAUAGGACUCGCGUUGGUUGGCCUUAUCCUGUGGCUGGCUCUUGACACAGCCAAACGGCCAGAGCAGCUGAUCUCCUUUGCAGGAAUCUGCAUGUUUGUCUUCAUCCUCUUUGCCUGCUCCAAACACCACAGUGCAGUGUCCUGGAGGGCAGUAUUUUGGGGCCUGGGCCUUCAGUUUGUCUUUGGGAUCCUGGUCAUUAGAACUGAUCCUGGAUUUAUUGCAUUUCAAUGGCUGGGAGAUCAAAUUCAGAUUUUCCUGAACUACACCCUGGCUGGCUCCAGUUUUGUCUUUGGAAAUACGCUGGUCAAGGAAGCCUUUGCUUUUCAGUCCUUGCCCAUCAUCAUUUUCUUUGGCUGCGUGAUGUCCAUUCUCUACUAUCUUGGCCUUGUGCAGUGGGUGGUUCAGAAGGUGGCCUGGUUUUUGCAAAUCACUCUGGGCACUACUGCCACAGAGACCCUGGCUGUGGCAGGAAACAUCUUUGUGGGUAUGACAGAGGCACCUCUGCUCAUUCGUCCAUACCUUGCAGACAUGACGCUUUCAGAAAUCCACGCAGUGAUGACUGGAGGCUUUGCCACCAUUUCAGGCACUGUGCUAGGAGCAUUCAUAUCCUUUGGGGUUGACGCGUCAUCCUUGAUUUCUGCCUCUGUGAUGGCUGCCCCUUCUGCUCUUGCUUUGUCAAAGCUGGUGUAUCCAGAAGUGGAGGAGUCCAAGUUCAAGAAUAAGGAGGGGGUAAAAUUGCCCCCUGGGAAGGAGAGGAAUGUCCUGGAAGCCGCCAGCAAUGGAGCCUCAGAUGCCAUAGGCCUUGCUGCUAAUGUGGCAGCCAACUUGAUAGCCUUUUUGGCAGUACUGGCCUUCAUCAAUGCUGCACUCUCCUGGCUAGGGGAAAUGGUAGACAUACAAGGACUCACUUUUCAGGUCAUCUGCUCUUAUAUCCUAAGACCCAUGGUUUUCAUGAUGGGUGUAGACUGGUCAGACUGUCCAAUGGUAGCUGAAAUGGUGGGGAUCAAGUUUUUCACAAAUGAGUUUGUGGCCUAUGAGCAACUGUCUAAAUACAAGAACAAACGUCUCUCUGGAGUGGAAGAAUGGGACGGGAAUGAAAAACAGUGGAUUUCUGUUAGAGCUGAAAUCAUUACAACAUUUGCACUCUGUGGAUUUGCCAAUCUUAGCUCCAUAGGAAUCACACUGGGAGGCUUGACGUCAAUGGUACCCCACAGGAAGAGUGACCUGUCCAAGGUUGUGGUCAGUGCCCUGCUGACAGGGGCUUGUGUGUCCCUUAUCAGCUCCUGUGUGGCAGGAAUCCUCUAUGUCCCUAGAGGAGCAGAAACUGACUGUAUCUCCUUCUUGAAUACAACUUUCACCAACAGAACCUAUGAGAGCUACAUAUGCUGCAAAGAACUCUUUGAAAGUACUUUUCUGAAUGGCACCAACAACCCUUCUUUUUCUGGUCCCUGGGCAGAUAAAGAAUUUAGUGCCAACGCCUUAGACAACUGCUGUCACUUCUAUAAUAAGUCCUGCCCCUUGGUUGGUUCAUUUUUUUAACACUCCUAUUUGAGGACUCUUUGCUAGCAAAGGGGUUCAUGUACUUAGAGUUCCCACUCUACUAAUUCACCAUGGUCUUUAACAGUGAGUGUGAAAAUUUCACUGCGUCUUACUGCAUGCCAAUAAUGAAACUUAACUUAACUUGUCUUUCCAUUCUUUGGUUGAACCAAACAAGAAAUUCCUGAUGUACUCUAAGCUUAGAUUUGAAAGAUUAAAUAUAACCAUAUCACAGUAAGAUGCUCUUAGCUAUCUUAAAAUCGAUGUGAUGCAAUGUGCCAUAAAUGUGAUUUGUUUGUAAUGUGUACUGAGGUGAAAAAACUAAGAGAAAUCUGUCACAGGGAGUCAAAGAAGGCUCAGUGUUGUGUGAUUAUUGUGUGAAAAUUCUAUAUAUAUGAAAUAUUCAGAACUGCUGUAACAGCAGGAAGCAAGACAGUCUUAACACCAUCACCUGCAGGACAGUCUCAAGAACUGGAGGAACUAACAGGAGAAGUCGGAAC